AUGUCUCCAAGCGGAAUCGCAUCGGGGUCGUCGGCCGGUCCGACACCCACACUUGCGGAACGACUCCAGCCCCUCAACAACCUACUCAGGGCGAACCCUGGUGGAUGGAACUUGGUUCGGGCACAGGUGAAUGUCAUCCAGGAGGAUUUCUCUAGAAGGUAUUUCCAAGAACACGAAUCACGAGAUCCCCUUGACCUGACCAUUGGAGUGGAGAUAGAAGCCGGUCUUUUACAAAAUACUGACAUUGCUAGCAGAUGGUCAUCCGACAAUGACAUAAGUGCAGCCCAAGAAGCUGUUCACUAUGCACUUUCAAAACCGCUCACUAAGACUUGCUCUAGGUGUAAUCAAGCCCACAACUAUCGGAUUCCCCUCAAUCCCCUGCGCAAGGAGCUGUUCGGACUCAUGCCUACUUGCCUUGGCUAUGACAAAUGGACCGUGGGGUUCGACAUUACCGUUGACGCAGAGAGUCUGAGAGACGAGUUCAAGAACCUACUCAGUUCACCCGAUUCGCCAAGACAAUUCGAGUUUCAUGGUUUCGAGCUCCGAAGCAGAAUCAUGGGCACUACCAACAACAUCUGCGCUGACUCCACCACAUCCUGUCCGCAUCGGCCGGAAAUUACAUACCAAGAGGAGAUUCGUGGUGUAUACUACCUGCUCAAAAACACCUUUCUGAAUCCGUCCGCUAAUGAGCACGACCGUGCAUGGCGGUUGAUGGUGACCGAGUCCUGUGGACUGCACGUUCACAUUGGCAACGGAGCCAAUCGGCUGCCUCUGGAAACGGUGAAGAACAUCGUUUCAUUAUACACAGCCAAUGAACGACAGAUUGACAACAUGCACUCUAGAAACCGCAUCACCGGCAGCACUCUCCUCCUCGACCCCGACCUCAACAAAGAAGACAAUGGCCUUCAAGAUCGACUCCUCCCCCUCCCCAAUGGCAAAUUAGUCUACAAUAGCCCCCUCUCCGCCCACUUCGCCUUCCUCGCCCACUGCAACCGCAACAACCUCGAACACUACAAAUGCACCCAACCAAGAAGUCGCAACGGCGAAUGCUACCCUCACAUCAACUUCACAAGCGACCCCACCCUUAUGUUCCACGCCUUCGCCACUUCCGCUCAUGCCUGGUGUCACGUCAUCCACGGAGCCCGCCGAAUCGACCACCUCCAAGACCUCCAAGCUCUCGCAUCGCACUCCGCAACCGUCAAUUUACAGAACAUGAAACCGGUCAAGUUGCUGAAAAGUCCCACUGCAGUUCGCACAACUGUUGACAAAAAUACGAUUGAAUUUCGUCAAGCUGCAGGUACACUCGAUGCGGUGGCUGUAUUGGCUUGGAUGGAUGUUUUGGUCCACUUGGUCAUGUACAGUCAUUCGCACUCGAGCGAAGAGGUGUUGGAGGAGUGUACGCGAAUCUGGCGGGAUGAGAAAUUUAGCACGUUGGAUCUCUUGUCUUUGUUAGAUUUGGGACCAAAACAGAAGGAGGAGGAGGAGGAGAAGGAGCAGGGUGGGACGUUUGGAUUUUAUAAAUCUGUUCUGGGGUUGAACAAGGAAAAGCAGACAUAUGCCCAAACCCGUCUCUCCUCCGAAUUCAACCUCGCAAAUUCUUUCCACAACCUGCGACAAGGAGAAGACGACCAUGAAGACCCUUUCUUCACGAGAAUCGUCAAAGCCAACUCUCAGAUCCUUUGUCAAGAAUUAUGUCCCCGGGCUGUAAAUCAGCGUAUUCAAGAGAAGUUUUUGGCGCUGGGAUAUGGCCAGUUCGAGGAGAAAUAUCUUGCAGAUUUGGCUUAUGAGAAAGAUUGGCCUGCUGGAGAUAUCGAUGGACAGGAUGGGAUUCGGAGGAAAUUGGGUAUGGGAUGGGAAUUCUCUGGUUCUUCUUUCUCUGGUUCGUCAAUCUCGUCAUUAUCGUCCUGCUCUGGAGAUGAAUAUGAAGAUGAAGAUGAAGAUUGA